ACGUCCCAAUUAAUCCUGAUUGGUCGCUCACCUAAUGGACACCGACAACACCUUGCCAGGUGGAAUCACGUGUCCCCAGAGGACGACGAUGCCCGGGCCAAUGGGCGGCUGGCGUCCCCUCAGCCUCCGUGUCAUCCACCCAGCGAGGACGCAGUUGCUGCGGACGCGCGGCCGACACUGGCUGCUCUCAAUCGGAUACUCUCGCGCCAUCUCCCAUCCUCUACCCCCGCCGCUGCCGCUCCUCCGCGGGGACAAAGUCGCUCCAUCGUGCCCAGGUUCCUGUUUCAAGUCCAGCAUGAGGACAGAGGCGACACCCUGACCCCGAGAAAGCCCGACACAAAGCGCCGAGGGAGGGAGGAGAGGGGCUGAGGACCCGAGGUCCGGUCGCCAUGGAGACGCUGCGCGUGCUGAUGGCACUGUGGGCCGCCGCCCAGCUCGGCGUCGUGCCGGUUAUGGGGCUGAGGCCGCCGCGAAGGACUGCGGCGGGGCACAAGAUUGCCGGCGGACUGACGGGACAGGACGCUAACGGGGUGCCGCUACGGCGCUCUAAAAGAGGGUGGAUGUGGAACCAGUUCUUCCUCUUGGAGGAGUACACCGGCAGCGACAUGCAGUAUGUUGGCAAGCUCCACUCCGACUCGGACCGCGAAGAUGGCAGCGUGCGCUACGUGCUGACGGGCGAUGGCGCCGGCACGCUGUUCAAGAUCGACGAAAAGUCGGGCGAUAUCCACGCCACCAAGCGUCUGGACCGUGAGGAGAAGGCCUACUACGUGCUGCACGCCAAAGCCGUCAACCGCUUCACCGGCGAGGCGUUGGAGGGCGAGUCCGAUUUUAUCAUUAAAAUCCACGACAUCAACGACAACGAGCCACGCUUCACCAAAGACCCCUACAUCGCCAGGGUGCCCGAGAUGGCCGACAUAGGUACUCCUGUCAUCCAGGUGACGGCGCUAGACGCCGAUGACGCCACCUAUGGGAAUAGCGCAAAGGUGGUCUACAGUAUCCUGGAGGGGCAGCCCUACUUCUCUGUGGACCCUGAAACUGGCAUGAUCAAGACGGCGCUGCCGGGUAUGGAUCGCGAGGUAAAGGAUAAGUACCAAGUGGUGAUCCAGGGUAAGGACAUGGCCGGGCAGAUGGGGGGGUUGUCCGGAACAACCACGGUUAGCAUCACGCUCGCAGACGUCAACGAUAAUCCGCCACGUUUCACCAAAACGCUUUACGAAUUUAAAGUGCCCGAGUCGGUAGUGCCGGGCUCGCCGGUGGGCACAGUCCGCGCGGUGGACAAUGAUAUCGGCGAGAAUGCGGAAAUGGAUUACAGGAUUAUCGGGAGUGACGGGCCAGGGAUGUUUGACAUCGCCGUCGAUCGCAGCACGCAGGACGGCAUCCUCGUGCUCAAGAAGCCGCUGGAUUUUGAGCGCAAACGUCAAUUCACCAUCCACGUUCAGGUGGAGAACGUCCACGUCAACCCUCGCUUCUUCUCCAUGGGACCCUUCAGGGACGAGGCGACCAUCAGGGUGACAGUGGAGGACGUGGACGAACCGCCCGUCUUUCAGCGCGCCAGCUACAUCAUGGAAGUCCAAGAGGACGCUGCGCCCAACACCGUCAUUGGAACCGUCAGCGCCGCUGACCCGGACAGCAAACGCAGUCCUGUCAGGUACUCUAUCGACCGGCGCACCGACAUGGACCGAGUGUUCGACGUGCACGCCAUCAACGGCUCGGUCUUCCUCCUUCGGGAACUGGACCGCGAGGAGAAUGCGUGGCACAACAUUUCCGUGGUGGCCUCAGAGUUUAACAACAUGCAACAGUUGAGCCGCGUGUCCGUCUACAUUCGAGUUCUGGAUGUCAAUGACAACGCGCCGACCUUCGCCACCAACUACGAGACGUUUGUGUGCGAGAAUGCUAAAGCUAAUCAGAGAAUCCAGACAAUAAGCGCCACGGACCCAGACGAGUCGAUCGGAGGUCACAGUUUCUUCUUCAGUCUGGCCCAGGAAGCGGCCGGCAAGGCCAACUUCUCUGUCCGCGACAACAAAGACAACACAGCGUGGAUUCUGACACGCCGAAACGGCUACAGCAGCCUCCUGAAGAGCGUAUACCACGUGCCGGUGGUAAUAUCAGAUAGUGGCGACCCCGCGCAGAGCAGCACCAGCACACUAACGGUGCGCGUGUGCACGUGCGACCGCGAGGGCAACAUGAAGCUGUGCAACGCCGAGGCGCUCACAGCCAAGGCCGGACUCAGCACCGGGGCGCUCGUCGCCAUCUUGCUUUGCGUCAUGAUCCUGCUCAUGAUCGUGGUUCUGUUCGCCGCCUUGAGAAGGCAACGCAAGAAGGAGCCUCUGAUCAUCUCCAAGGAAGACGUUCGCGACAAUGUGGUCAGCUACAACGACGAAGGCGGCGGCGAGGAGGACACCCAAGCCUUCGACAUCGGCACGCUGCGCAACCCGGAGGCCGUGGAAGACGGCAAACAGAGACGGGACAUCGUGCCCGAGGCCUACUAUCCGCCCGUGCGCCGGCCACCCGUGCCCAGGGAGGCGCGGGACCACAACGGGGACGUGCGGGACUUCAUCAACCAGAAGAUCCAGGACAACGACAGCGACCCCACGGCGCCGCCUUACGACUCGCUGGCCACCUACGCCUACGAAGGCAGCGGCUCGGUGGCCGAGUCGCUCAGCUCGCUGGAGUCGGCCACCACCGAAGGCGAGCAGGACUACAACUACUUGAGCGAGUGGGGCCCGCGUUUUAAGAAACUAGCCGACAUGUACGGGGCCGACGACAGCGACCGCGAUUCCUAACGACGUCUCGCCGCGUUCCAAAGGUGGCGGGCGGCGGGGCGGACAAACGGACCGACGCUUUAGGGCGGAUGAAGGCCUCGCACGUGUCGUCAAGUGUUAGGGCAGGAGUGUCCAAACUACAAACCGAUGGCCAUUUGUGCGUUGUCUUAACCUUUGGUAAACAAGCGCUAGGUCAUGAAUGAAACAUCACCUCGACCUGAGCAACACAAAUUCAUUCGCCCCUCCUAAUCAAAAUGGAUUGAAAAUCUAGCGCUGUCAUUAGUAUCCAACAAGUCACUGCCUUCAACUCAAAAUUUUAAGUGGACUGGACUUAAAUUUGAGCACCGUAAAUAUUCAAUAAGAGAAAUGCGCAGGCAAACUGAACUAAACUGUUGCUAGCGUGGUCUUUCUAAGGAAUCGGUAUUGAAGCUAAGCUUAAGGUUACCAAGAAAUUUUAAGUUUGCCCCACAAACUUGAUAAUACAGAGUUAGGAAUAAAAAUAACUACCUUAAUUUUCGGACUAUAAGCCACCAACCACCAAAUUUAACACGAAAAUGGCAUUUGUCCAUAGAUACGCCGCACUGGGCUAAAGCCGCCGCUGUUCUCAUUGUAUUAUGGGAUAUUUACACCAAAAGAACCACCGUUGCUUCAAGAAGCUUCAUUUGGCCAUCACUGCUACCUUAAGGGAGACAAUCAACCUCUGCUGUCAACACUGUUGUCCAACAUGCCUCUUAGCAUGCAUUGCAGCGUUACAGAUGUAAAUUACAAUCAAAAUUCAUGUUCUGUGCUAAUUAUUUCUUCAGUUACUGUUCCAGUUGUUUCAUUAAUUGCAAGUUAUGGUAUUUUGUAACACUUUAUUUGUAAGUGGCGCCAUAUGACAGUCAUAGGACAAUCAUAAUUAUGACAUGACGCUGUCAUGUGCAUUUAUGAAUGCUUAUAACAGAUGUCAUUUUGUGUUAUCUGGCAAAUUAAAUGGAUUUUUUUGAAUGGAUAUAAAAGAGCCAAGCUGGAAUUAAAUGGAGUUUGUGACAUACUUUGCCAUAUGACACUUCAUGACAUAAGCAUUCAGUGCCCAUGAUAGUUUCAUGUCAUAAUUAUGACUGUCUUAUGACAGUGUUAUGACGCCGCUGUCAAUUAAAGUGUUACCUAGAAGUGUGACAAAAUAUCAAAAUGAUAUAUCGUGAUACAUUGCAUCCCAAAAGGUUAUCGAUAUGCUUGUGCCAAGAAUCGAGAUAUCAUUUUAGAAUGGUGUCAAUGUUUAAAAAUAAGAAAAGGAACAAAUAUUCUACCAUAACGCCCAAUCCAUUAAGACCGUUCACAUUCACUCUUUCUGAUUUUGGGGCAUUUCAGAGUCCUCUGAAAUCCUCUGGAUUUUGGGUUACAGAACAUCGAUUGAACUCAAACAUCCAUCAGGUAAAUGGUAUGGUAAAUGGUGUUUACUUGUAUAGCCCUUUUCCACCUUUCGCGCUCAAAGCUAGCACCAGGAGCAAUGUGGGGUUCAGUAUCUUGCUCAAGGAUACUUAGGCGAGUUCAUCAGGGCAGAGAAUCGAACCCACAACCUCUGUGUUGGGGGAUAACUACUCUACCACUGAGCCACGCCAUCCCCGUAAAAAAGGUAGUUCCCACUAGGGGGCACCAGGCCUGAUGGGUAAUAUUUCAAUGCAGUCGUGUUGGAGGUCUUUACAUGCUCAAAAACCAACCAAAAUUUGAGCAAACAUGCGGCUUCGCGAAAAUUUCGAUAAUUUGGCAACGUUGUGAAAAUAUGUCAAAAAAUGGCUCAAUGGCGCCCCCUGGAAUUUUUUAAAAACGGCCUCUCCAUUUUGUUUUUUUCACCGUAGAGCGAUGAAAUUUUGCGAGUCGAUACCUCGUGCAAAAAUGCUUCAAAAAGUCUCUUGCACCCAUAUUCCAAACCCAACAGGAAAUCGGGUAUUUUGGAUUGAAUUUCGAAAAACAUUUUUGUUGAAAACCAGGGCGCACGUUUGAGACCAUUGCGACGAGGCAGUUAGUUGGAUCCUCCUCAAAAUUACUGAGACUCUUCAUGAGACAUAUGAGAUGUUAUGAAAAUCGUGCGUUUUCGUCCUGGGCGGGGUACCAAAGUCGGGUUUUUUUGGGCAACGCGCCAAAUUCGUAAAUGACUAAACACUUUCUGAUACAAAGUCAAUCUUUUUCAUAUUUGGUAUGCGUGUAAGGUUUCUUAACCUGCACACGACUGCAUUGAAAUAUUACCCAUUAGGCCUGGCGCCCCCGAGUGGGAAUAGGAAACGCCUUUUUUUACGAGAAAGGCUCAUCCGCCUCGGGAAAAAAAUCUGUUGAACUGCAUCAAAGCCUUAAGACAUGUGUUCCGGUAUCUGAUGAAAAAUAUUGAGUUUUCUUUGAAGCGGCGGGGUCCAAACAAUAAAGUAAAAAGACCCUUGGCAUUUUGUCUCAAAAUGGCCAAUAACUUCCUGAUACAAGAAGCAAUGUUUCUCAUUAUCCGGCAUGCAUGCGGUAUCUGACCCUGAACACGACUGCAUUGAAAUAUUACCCAUUACGCCUGGCGCCCUCUAGUGGGAACAGGAAACGCCCUUUUUUACGAGAAAGGCUCCUCCUCCUCGUGAAAAAAAUCAAUUGAACUCAAACCUGCAUCGGGGGGCCUUAAGACAUGUGUUCAGGUAUCUGAUGAAAAAUAAUUGAGUUUUCGUUGAUGUGGCAGUGCCCAAACAGGAAAGUGAAAAGACCCUCGGCAUUUUGUCUCAAACUUGCACCCUGGUUUUUUGACAAAAAUGGCAUGUUUUUCAAAAACCUUCUGCCAACCCUCCCAGUUCAAAUGGACUGGGUGUCUACAAGUGAUAAACUUACGGCAGAAGGAUGAAAAUAGCUUGUUUUUCUGUUUAUUAGUUAUUUUGUAGAAUGAUUUCCUGACCAAUGCAUCGAUAAUCGUUGUAUCGCCAUAUCGUGAGAUUUGUAUCGCAAAUCGCAUAGUAUUGUGAGGUAGCAAGAGGUUCCCAUUCCUACUAUUGACCCAAAUAAAUGAACAAAAAGGUGCAGGAUUCAAAAUGAAGGAAAAAAAUAGUGGCUUAUAGUCCAAAAAUUACUGUAGUUAAGAAUCUCACUAAAGCCAUUAGUUAGCAUGAAAAGAAUGUCACUGGUAUCCAUGCAUUUAUCUGUAUGAGAACCUAAUCGGGAAGAGUUUGGACACUCCUGCAUUAGGGUAUCGGGUGUCGGCCAUGCCCGCAUAUAUCUACCGAUGUUUUUGUUAUUCUUUCGCCGCUGCCUGCGACGGACACUGAGCGGUGGUGUACUUUUCAGUGUUUCUGCGACAAACUCCUGCUGCAUAUAUUGUGAUCUUCUGCUUGUGUACGUUACAUGAUACAAAUACACUGUACAGCCACCUAUUUCAUCUUCACCUCACAGCGCCCCCUCGUGUGCCAGGGCGGUACCGUCGCCUCCAGGAGUCACAUGUACGGGGUGAUCGAAGCCGGAAUAAUGCUUCGUUUUCGAUGUCAGCCAACUUGAAGAACGAGCUGGUGUCUUUUGGGAACUGGAGAAGGAAAUGCGUUGAAUGGAGGCAACUGGACUUGUUAGUUGUUCCAAAAAUAUUUGGGUGUAGAGUCUUGGGUGUUGUCUCUGGUGCAGGGGUUCUGGAAUCGUUCAAAGAUGCUUGUAAUGUUGGUAGCAUAGUUUCCGCUAAAAACCCUUAAAGCUAAUCUCUGAGGUAAAGACAUCUGAAGUUAUUUGUCCAAAAUAAUGUCUCUGUUUGGACACACCUAUUGGACACGUAAAUAAUAGAAUUAAUAGCCAAAAACUUGGACUUAUUUGUUGAAGACAUUUAAAAAUUAUCUGGGUGUAGGGGUUCUGGAAUCGUUCAAAGAUGCUUUUAGUCUUUGUGUCUUCUAAAAAAAAAAACCUUACCUUUACCUCAGAGAUUAAGUUUAUUAUUAUUAUUUGGGACAAAUAGCAUCUGACGCUGGACACAAAUAGUAGAACUUCUGAAUAUUGAGAACUGAAGCAGAAUUUUUGACUAAAGCGGAAUCAUCUUCAAGCAUCAGAAAGAGUUCAGUUGCCUUGAUUCAACUCUUGCGAAUUACCCUGACCUGAAUGACUGAGAAUCAGCGCAGGUCUGAUCUUUCCUGAAGACCAUCCUGAUCCUACACAAACAAACGAGUACAGAUAAAGCUCAUAUGUCUGGAAACGCCAGAUCUGGAAGGUACCAAUGCGGUGGUCGGAUUUCCUAGCCGCAGCUCUCGAUGCCUUCGGCCUUUCUCCACAAACGAGGUCUUACGACCUUAGACCAGCCGAAAGCGCAUCCCGGACUUUAAAAAAUGUGACAGCCUUAAAGAAGUGAAGCAGACUCUGUUAGCAUCCGUCACGCGGCUAAGCAACUCAAAGAGUUUUUCUGUGGAGUCUUCAGCACGUGGUCCUUUUGGUUUUCUUAGGUGGUCUUCUUCCCGUCCCCCCUGACGCAAACGUGGUGGUUUGCCAUCCAGUAGACGUGUGCUUGUCGAUGUGUAGACGCCGUCAGACCGUUGGUGACAAACGUGUUGGAGUCUCUGUGAGCGUAGAAAGCGUCGUGUCGGGACGGCUCGCCGUAGGCUGGCGGGCCCGCAGUCCAGCAAUUCUGCUUUGUACAACGUGAGAUUUUGUACUGGAUAUUUAUAUGACACAAUUAAAUAUCUUGAAAAGCUAAUUCGUCUGCUCGUUGCUUCCAAGAUAUUUUUAUAUGAAUAUAUAUGGCGGAAAACACUCAGGUGACUUGAAGUUCCACUCUGAGACCCCCAAUUUGGCCAAAUUUCAAAAUUUGUCUGAUAUGCAUGUGCGAUACAUAUUUGGAAAGCUUCAAAUCCCAAUUUUCUGGGGGAAGAAAAAUUUUGGACAGGAGGGCAUUUAAAAAAAAAAAAAAAAAGUUUUUUUAAACAGCAAAUCCCAAUAUGGAGGUGAGAGCACGCGACAGCAGAAUUACAGACGCCAUGACUUUAACGAGAUAUUAUCGCGUAUUUACCUUGUUUCUAUCCAAAAACUCCAUGUAUCACUGAGUGUCAAAACACACCUGUGAAUGGCCACAGCUGGAUUUUUGGGGGGAUUUUAUGGGUGAAACAUGGUAAUAUAACAAGGGUCGCGAUGCAGAAAUUGCAGACAUCAAGGAGUGGUCGAGAUUUUUUUUUCCAUAUAUUUACCUUUUUAUAUAUAUUUUUUUAGGGCUGUCAAACGAUUAAAAUUUUUAAUCGAGUUAAUUACAGCUUAAAAAUUAAUUAAUCGUAAUUAAUCGCAAUUAAUCGCAAUUCAAACCAUCUAUAAAAUAUGCCAUAUUUUUCUGUAAAUUAUAUAUAUAUAUUCUGUAAAAUAAAUUGUUGGAAUGGAAAGAUAAGACACAAGAUGGCUAUAUACAUUCAACAUACGGUACAUAAGGACUGUAGUGGGCAUUUCACUCUACUGUCAUUUAAAUCUGUCUAUGCUGUCCUCACUCCGAAGCGUCUACUUUUUCCAAAGCUAGACAGCUAGUGAACGACGCCUUAAUAAUCAGACUUCUUCCUUUUUAAUUUGAUUUAUUAAUAAAAUGGCCUCAAACCAUUGUCCUCUUUCGACCGUUGUAAAUCUACAAAAAAACAGUACACAAGCAUUGCAUUAGCAACAACGUUAGCUUAGCACGCUAUACAGGUUCACUAAACAUAAACAAGAAGCGUCUCAUACAAAAAAUAUAACAUUUCACUUACUAACAUAAUAUUUACAUUCUUUACAACAACCAUACUUACGGACAAAUCUUGUCCAAGGAUCAUAUAAGCACAACAUUACAACGUAGGUGUCAGCCCGAGAUGUCGUGCAGCCAUAUUGAACUGGCAAGAAAACAAUAAACCAUGUCGCAAAGCGACCACAAGAGUUCGCUGUUAGACAGCACAAAAAGCCUUGCUGUAAAACUUACCAAAAGGCAGAAUACUGUCUGAGCGGGACAUGUGCGUUAAUUGCGUCAAAUAUUUUAACGUGAUUAAUUAAAAAAAUUAAUUACCGCGCGUUAACGCGGUAAUUUUGACAGCCCUAAUUUUUUUCCAAUUUUUCUUUGUUUGGAUCGAUCUAACAUCGGAAAAAAGCGACAGAAACAACAACAACAACAAAAAAUACAAUUAAGCGAUAGUUAUCAGGUAAAUACACAUGACUAUUUUACAGACACCAUUUUUUUCAUUGUGAUGUAAUUUGUUUAAAAGUUUAAAAUAUGCAAGUGAAUAAUUUUUUUAAAGUUUUUUUUUUUACGAAUAUUAGACAUCAAUUAAUGAUUCUAAGCUAAAAAUGACAUUUUGAAUAAUAAAUCUAAUUAAUUACCUUCGUUUUAUGGCUGGGAAGAAACAAAAGCGGUUGCGUGACGUCUGUAAACGGGGGUUUUCAGGGUAAAACUGGCAAAUUAAAAAUAGUUUGGGGGCUUAAUGCGCCAUUAAUCUGCUAUGGCAGCAUAUAGACAUAUUGUUCUAUCAAAAACAACAGUUGUUUUGGCUCAAAAUACAGCAGUUUUUUUGAAAGAGGAGUGGACCCCCUUUUGCCUUCAGAACUACCUCAAUUCUUCGUGGCAUAGAUUCAACAAGGUGCUGGAAGCAUUCCUCAGAGAGUUUGGUCCAUAUUGACAUGAUGGCAUCACACAGUUAGUGCAGAUUUGUCGGUUGCACAUCCAUAAUUGCGAAUCUCUCGUUCCACCACAUCCCAAAGAUGCUCUAUUGGAUUGAGAUCUGGUGACUGUGGAGGCCAUUUGAGUACAUUGUCAUGUUCAAGAAACCAGUCUGAGAUGAUUCCAGCCUUAUGACAUGGCGCAUUAUCCGGCUGAAAGUAGCCAUCAGAAGUUGGGUACAUUGUGCUCAUAAAGGGAUGGACAUGGUCAGCAACCAUACUCAGGUAGGCUGUGGCGUUCCAACGAUGCUCAAUUGGUACCAAGGGGCCCAAAGAGUGCCAAGAAAAUAUUCCCCACACCAUUACAACACCACCACCACCAGCCUUAACCGUUGAUACAAGGCAGGAUGGAUCCAUGCCUUCAUGUUGUUGACGCCAAAUUCUGACCCUACCAUCCGAAUGUCGCAGCAGAAAUCGAGAAUCAUCAGACCAGGCAACGUUUUUCCAAUCUUCUAUUGUCCAAUUUCGAUGAGCUUGUGCAAAUUCUAGCCUCAGUUUCCUGUUCUUAGCUGAAAGGAGUGGCACCCGGCGUGGUCUUCUGCUGCUGUAGCCCAUCUGCCUCAAAGUUGCGACAUACUGUGCGUUCAGAGAUGCUCUUCUGCCUACCUUGGUUGUAACGGGUGGUUAUUUGAGUCACUGUUGCCUUUCUAUUCUUUAAAAAUGAAACAAUGUGAUUUUCUGUUUUUUUCCACAUUCUGUCUCUCAUGGUUGAGGUUUACCCAUGUUAUCAAUUACAGGCCUCUCUAAUCUUUUCAAGUAGGAGAACUUGCAUAAUUGGUGUAUGACUAAAUACUUAUUUGCCCCACUGUGCAUACAGGAACACAAAAUGAGUUUGACGUCCCCAGUCCUAGACCCUAAGCUCAGGACAAACACUUGUUUAUUUCCGAAAUGCUGAUUUGAAAAUAAAGUGUUUAUGUAUCACUGAGUGGAAUAUGGCUAAGGGCUAGUGUGAAAGAAAUAAUUGGAAAUGCAAAUAAUUCUUGGCUGGGGAAGUAGUCAAAUAGACAAUCUCUAAUUAAGAUCAUCUUGACAGCCAAUUGGAUUAGGGAAGUGCGAGUUAAGAAAAGAAAGAAAAACAAUCUAAUUUGGCUUAUUAAGGGGCUGAGUGGCAGAUGUAAGACAGAUGGUGACGGCGUAUUAACCACGCGGCGGCGGCCAACUUGAAUUAUUGACUUGAUUUACAGAUAAUUUCAUUAGAACUUUAUUUACUUUCACAAUCAAGUAUUAAAAAAAAGGCGCUCACAGAUGAGGAAAGAACCGACGUUUUCUUCCAUUGGGAUUUUCCGACUCUGAGAGGAAGCAGAGCUCACCGUGGUGAGUUCGAUUCACCUCACUUCCUGCCGUCUUUGAGCUCAUCGCCGUCCUUGUCCUGGCGUUCCCGCUCGCGUCUCAUCUCCUUCAGCUCCUGCCGGUACUUGCGCUCGAUGAAGCGCUUCUGAUGGGCCAUCUGCGGGAAGUUAUCUGCGGCGGGAGAGAACACAGACGAGGGUGACCGAGAGGAACGGAAUGGGUAGAAGAAAAGAAAAAAAAAAAAAAAACACAGAGUGGCUGUUUAGCGGCGCUUUGACUCCGGUCCAGUGAGCGAAAAGAUUGGAGGCGGUGCCGCCGCGUUGUUCUUUGGUUAUUAAUGACGCCGUGAAAUUAGAAUAGCUUGUUUGAUGUCAGACGCGAUUAAUUACCAGGGUAAGAUGACUUCAUUAGAUACGUGACGUCAGCGUACCGUUUGCUACCUGGGAUUUUGCUUCACGGGAUAUUAACUCGCUCCCUACCAUUGGCGGCAAUAGAUGGCCAAUAUGUCCGUAUUUUCCGCACUAUAAGGCGCAUCAGAGUAUAAGGCGCACCUUCAUUGAAUGGCUUAUUUCAAAACUUUUCAUGUAUUGGGCGCACCGCAUUAUAAGGUGCAGUAGUAGUAGUAGUAGUAGUAGUAAUAGUAGUGGUGAUUGGGGCUGCGUUAUCCAUCCACUAGAUAGUGCUGUGCUAAAGGGAAAGUCAUGCCAUGAUUUACCAAUAUUGAUCAUUAUAUAAGGCACAUCAGAUUAUAAGGGACACUGUCUGCUCUUGAAAAAAUUGAAGGCUUUUAGGUGUGCCUUAUAAUGCGGAAAAUACGGUAUUUUCAGUUUAAAAAAAUAAAUACAAUAACUACAUACUCACUAGCGGUGUGGGAAAAUAUCUAA